CACAUGCGUAGCCGCCAUUGUUAGCCGUAUACAGGGGAAGGAGAUAGUGGAUUUCUGUGAAAUAAUUUACGCUCAAGGACUAAAUUGACAGACUUGUGAUUUUGUUUUUGUGUGUUAUAUAAAAGCCCCGUGUGUGCAGACUAUUAAAGACUAGUUAUUUUGUACUAUAAACUGUUUACAAUAGUGUAAUGUCUGACUUAAUUGACCAGAGAGGAAAAGGACAAGCGAAUCAAGUGUCCAAUGGUCCUGGAAGAGAUAAAGAAGAGAAGUUUGAUGCCUAUUUGCAACCAUCUCAGACUAGCUACGGUCCAGGUAACAUGUCCAGUCCAGGUGUAGCCGAGAACUCGUUCCUUCCCAAUUAUUUCACCCCUUCCAUGUCCUUUAACUAUAUGGGACAGGGAAUGAAUGAAGGAGCGUGGUCUAAUGGAGGUGAUCAACCCAUGUUUUCGAUGAGCACGUAUGACUAUAAUGGAAUGUUUAACAGUUUCGGUUUUCCUCCUUACGGUUGGGACUAUAGUGCCAAUGACUAUUGGGGAACAGUAGGACAAGGGCGGAAAGAUGCACGACCCUAUAGUGAUACGGAAUAUUACCAACCGGACAUGAUGGGUGGCGACCCCUAUAUGAUGAACGGAGAACUCGACCACGAUAUUAACAAUGUAGAUCAAGGCUUAAAGGGAAUGUCAAUCGGCGGAGAUAAGAACGUGGGUGAAAACGGUCCUAGUGAUAUAGGGGUCGAUAGCAAUGUGUCGGGAAAUGUGGCGCCCCCAAUGCAGACUGCUAUGUCCUCUGCUCCCAAAAAGACCUCGUGGGCAGCAAUUGCCAGCCAACCAGCUCGACCCCAGCCUAUGAAGCGAUUGAUCCCAAGGGCCCCGGCGAACCCCAAGCAGCAGCAUAACAUGGACAUUGGAACCUGGGAUAACAAUCGUGGCGGUAACUUAGGCAACAAACAACCACCUCCGCAAAGACAAACUUGGAGUGCUCCGAGACGUCAGAUGGCGUCCACCAAUUCUUUUAGUUCAGGAACGACUAGUGGCGCCUCAAACAAUAACCAAAGCAACUCUAACGGCAAUGCUGGUUACAAUAAUACCGCAGCUGGGGCCGCAGCACCCGUGGGCAAAAAUAACCCUGUAUUAGAAAAACUGCGCUCGGCUAACAUGUACAAUCCGAAAGAGUUUAACUUGAACCCUAAAGGAGCUCGAUAUUUUAUUAUUAAGAGCUACUCCGAGGACGAUAUCCACCGAUCUAUAAAAUACAGUAUCUGGUGUAGUACAGAACACGGCAACAAACGAUUGGAUAGUGCUUAUCGGGAACGCGAAAGCAAGGGGCCCAUCUAUCUCUUCUACAGUGUCAAUGGAAGCGGACAUUUUUGCGGCAUGGCGCAGAUGAUGUCAGCAGUGGACUACAAUAGCUCUAGUGGAGUUUGGGCCCAGGAUAAGUGGAAGGGCGUAUUUGAAGUAAAGUGGAUAUACGUGAAGGACGUGCCGAACGGUUCUCUGCGUCACAUUCGUCUGGAAAAUAACGAAAAUAAACCCGUUACUAAUUCUCGCGAUACACAGGAGGUUCCUCCGGAGAAAGGAAAGCAAGUGUUGAAAAUUCUGCAUAACUAUCAUCACAAUACGUCGAUCUUUGAUGACUUCAUUCACUACGAGAAACGCCAGGAAGAAGAUCAGACAAAGGACCCGGUUGCUGGUCCACCGCCACCUCAACAACGACCUCCUCAAGGUCAUUCUAACUCUCAAAAGGAACGUCCAGAGCGUCGUCCUCGUCAGAAUUAAAACAACUUUUCCUUACUUUAUCAUAGUGUGUGCAUACAGAAUUAUUCAGUUACUAUGACAACCAGUAUAGUUCUAUGGUUAGAGAAACCAUUCGUGGAUUUCCUUAUUAGUUAUUUUUUUUUUUUCUUUUCUUCUCCGAUUAUAAAGGAUGGAAUUUUGGAUUUAGGGACACAGGAGCAUAUACAACUACUACGUUAUUUUUUUAAUAACUUUUUUUUUUUAAAGACGAAUUGUACAUUAUGUAUGGCCUAUUGGAUAGAAUGAUGCAGACACUUAAUAAUACACUACUAUGAUUUACACAAGGUGGCAAAUGUUGUGGAUAAAAAGUGCAGGCAUCAGGGGCGUGAUUUUAGACUGAAGCCACCCCUCCAUUUGUGGUAAUUAUCCACUCAAAUCCUUCUAUACAAUUUGAAUUACAUGAUUGACAACUGACUGACUAUGACAGCUAUCUUUUUGUUUGGACAUUUAGUGUUGAAUUGUGGACAGAAAUCAACGAGCCCCACCCCCUAAAAAUUGUGUGUUUAUUUAUGAAAACAAAUCGGCUCGUCAAACUACGACCCUCCGAACUGGAAUUAAUUGUGUUUUUAACAGAAUUCAAGUGAUAUAGACCUCAAUAAUGUGUUUAAAACUAAAAUAUGGUUAUUUGUAACGAUAAUCAUUGAAUCUGUGAUCUUUUUUUAGUACGGAAAUAAAAACAAAAACUGUGGAAUUAUGGACACUUUGUGUUUUGAAAAAGGACAAAAAAUGACAACUAAGAAACUUAAAAAAGAAACUUUUUAAACGAUAAACUUAACAAAAACAAACUGGCUAUUUUUUUGCUGAUUAACUGUGCUCCUUAUUCUGUCGUUUAAAGGAGGGGUUUCCAUGGAUACUAUAAUGAUUGACAGCUGAUUCCAGCCAGUGAGAAGUUAGCAACUCAAAUGUCAGAUAAUCCAAUGAAUAAAAUAUAUCCCAAAAUGUA